GCUUUUCGUCCUUUGUCAGAUGUAAUCGUUAGGUAGCACAUAAUUGUAAAAAAAAGAAACGAAAUUCCAAAAUAAUAAAAAAAUAACCCAUUACAAAUGUUUCGUUCUCUAUCCGUGCUGAUGUUCAAUACAUCUCAAAUAGAGACAAAUCUCUUUGGCAUGGCCGACGAUGUGUACAAUACCAUUGAGAUCUUCAAGGAGGCUGCCAGUUUCGAGGCCAGGAUUGUUAGACCCUAUAGAAUGAUUUCGAGCCUUAUAGACUGCUUGGUCUUCAUGGUGGUGGCUCUAAUGGUGGUCGGUUUCAUCAUGCACGAUCGCAUUAUGCUGUUCACAAAACUGGCUAGGAUCAAUCAGAGAAUUAACCAAGAGGUGAUGGUAAAAUCAAAAAGGAUUCGAAAGCCCAAAACAUCCGAUUCUCUCCCAGAAGAAGAUGAUACCGUUAAUGCUGUGGAUCAGUCAGAAGAGGACGGAAUCAGCGUGGCAAAUUCCGAAUAUGCAACAGAUGACGAUAUCGCAACCCUUCAACCCAUUGACGAUGAGGAUACGAGUAAAGCCGCAAUGCUCGGAACUCCCAAAUGGGCCUUUAAAUGGCUAGCCACUAUAAGAAACAAAAGUUUCGGAUCGAUUUACGAUGGUUGGUUCCGGUAGAUUACAUCUAUUGUAAGUCGGAUUAGUCAUUUUCUGAGUUGCAUGACAUACGGAUUUGCGGUUGACGAUUUAAAUUGGUUAUUAGGCAGAUUCCAGUACCAUAAGUUGCCUUAUUAUACUCGAUAUGUAUAUGAACAUCCACAUACGUUUAAAAAACGAACAUGACUCAUUUAGUAACGAAUGCAUUUAGCAAUAAAGGAAAAUCCUAAAUUAUACAUUAAAACAAGACUGAAAGUCACCUUUUGCUAAUUGGCUUUUUUAACUAGUAGUUGUUGCCAAGAAUGCCGUUCCUAACUUCACUGCACAAGAUUUCGAAAAUUUAAUUUCAAGGUGAAUCUAUCUUGUUGCAACGGGCAAAAGUUAUUUCAAAUAAAAUCCUUACUAAUAUAUGUUCAUAUAAUCUUUUAAUUCCUACAAAAAAAGGCACUUACCUGGCGUCUGCAAUCUCUGCAGGGGCAACGGCUGCUGCUGCAGAUUGUCGCCAAAGAAGCCAUGGUUAAUGUUGCCCGUGGUCCAGAUGCGAUUGCGAUCCUCCAUAGUCAUGUCAUGAGUCAGUCCAGUGGAAAGCCCCUGAUUAUUGCAUAUUGCGUGUGAUUUUUCUGCUCUUUAAACGCAGUCUGCCGGUGAUUUUCCUAGACACUUCGGGGCAUAUCAAUGAGCCGCCGGGUGAUGAGCCUUAUCCGAAUGCACGUCACAGCGCCCACAUGUUGCGCUGACGCAGGGAAUAGUUGGCGACCAAGUGGAAACGGUUUAUCGGUUUUAUCGUUUGCUCAUUAGCCGGAAUGUUUGCCUUUUUUCACCGCUACUGCCAACAGUAGGCAGUUGCAUAAUUUGGCAUUAUGUGGGGCCGAAACGAGAGCUGGAGCUAGAACUCUGGAAAAAUCGACUCGAAGUGGAGCCAGUGCAGCGGGUGACUGGUCUAAAGCAGCGACUACCGGCGUAUUGGAGCCCGGGCGUCGUCAACAGAACGUAUUUAUACCAACCAGCCAGCAACCGAAUAACAACAACACGGCUGGCUGGCUGGCUGGCAAUGGCAAUAGUACUACCAACAAACAAAUCAGGCAACCCCCAUUAACUCCUUCGGCCAUGCAAAUGUGCUGCGGCAAUUACGAGCCACCAAUGCGACCCACUAGCCCAUCUCCAUUCCCACCCAGAAACGCCGACACUGUCUGACUGUCCUGCAUGUUGUCCAUAUCCUUGUUUGUAGUUCCAUUGUAUCCAUCAUGGCUGGGGUCGCUCCGUUUCUCGAAAUGGUUUGUUGCUAAUAUACAGCAAUAUAAUAUAUGGUGCAUUACUUAACAAAUGAUUUAAAAGUAAUUAGCACCGAUAACGCAGGCGUACUUAAAAUACAGAUGUGUAAACGCCGACUGUGAUUAUGUAUUAAACGUGCACCUUUGUCAUGGAAUCUGGCUAGUAUUGUUAUUGUGAUUAGGGUAUUAAGCUGAGGUAUGCAGCCUUCGGAUACAAGUUCCAGUGUAUUUCCACAGUGAAUCAGAACAGAACACGAAGGGACGCCAAGUGACCACAAUCCGCGCAACGGAGCCAGUGGCGUAAUGAGGAAAAGUACAUUACAAAGGGCAACCCAAACUCUACGAGUAUACAUGUAUAAAAUCGGCGGUCGGAGAUAUAUGGAUAGUUGCUAAUUGAUAUGGACGCGGGUGUGUGUGGCUGUUGGGGAAGUGCAUGAUUGAUGACCCUGGCCAAUGCCCAAUCGGCCAGGGCACGACACUGGAUUUGGCCAAACGGGAAAGGAUACCUAAUAAUAGUAAUUAAAUUGCGGCACUUUGCCCGCCCACAACGAAUCCACAAGCAUUCGCAUUGUUCGGCCUAACUUUGACAUAGUUUAUUGUGUCUGGGAAUCGAUAAAUACUAUUGAUUUCCACAUGUGCCAGCGCCAGCACCUCAAGACACAUCGCGCAUACGCCCCGCUGUCAGUUGGAAACUCCAGCGCCAGGAAGCCGAAGGCGAUGCAUGUUAUCCUUUUGCCGGUGAAAGCCACCCCUUUGGGGGAAUGUGUUUACACUCACAAGGGUGUAAUUGGUUUGCGCAGCGGGGCGAACCGAAUUAUUGUUAAUAAGCAAAUAAAUUGUCCACCAGGUACUCGCUGAUGGGUUCAAAGAACUUUACUUUGCUGGCAUGUACUUGCAUACAUUUAUUAUACAUUAUCUUUUUUAACAUACAUUUUUCAAAUCCUUAUUUCUAUCUGUCUUUUUUUGUGUUUUGUUUUGUUUCGUUUGUAUUCUAGGACUAAUUACUUGCAUUUCUAGCUUAGGCAUUAGACGAGGAAGCCAAAAAUGAAUAUAUGACACGAAUGUGGUUACAGUGACUCGACUUAAAGCUCUAAAUUAAUAUGCACAUUAGUCUAUGUGUGGAUUCAGCAGAUUAUAGAAUAAAUCAACGACCCCUGAUCAGUUUGGCCUGCCAUUCUGUGGUGGGUGAAACUUCAUGCUGCAAAAAAAAAGAGAUACAAUUUAUAUAUUUGGUCUAGUUAACAAGGAAAUAAUGUCACUGAAGCUGUGUAUAUAUUUAGCGUUGUAGUCUCAGUCUGAAAAGUUUGACUCUUCGAAUUACAAGAAACAUUAUUCUUGAAUAAAAGAACAAUACUUAAUAAAGCACAGUUCGAAAAUCCGCAUUCGAACCUAUUUU